AUGGGUAAGAAGAAGAAGGCUGCUCCAGCACAAGAGCCUGUCAAGGUCAUACAGCCAUUCGAGCAUGACUGGACAGAACCUCAAAUAUGUACAUUGCUCACCCGUAUCGCCCCUGAUGAGACCUACCAGCAACUAUUUUUCAUGAAGCACAACAAACAUAAUUCCAAGAUGGUGAUGCAAGAGCAGAAUCUGGCAUUGGCCCUACUCCCUAAUACCGAUUGGAUGAAAUUCAUGAUCAAGGAGAAACGAGUCAUCAAGACUCCAGAGGGAGAGCUGAAAACAACUGAAGAAUGGCCGAAGAAGAUGAGAGUGAUCAGUAAACUAUUCGACGUCAUCCAUCCGCUAGCUGAUGAUAUCAAGGUUCUGCUGGGAUCAUCAUCUACUUCUGCAGAGCUGAAGAAAGAUAAUCCAGAAGGGUACAGAUUAUGGUGCGAUUGGCAGAAAAGUGAUAAAUAUACAUGGUAUUUCUCAUACGUCGCUAUCAAAAAUCGAUUGUUUCCUAGAUUGUCGAAGGAUAAACCAUCGACAACUUCCAUCACUCAAUUAGAACUUCCCAAGAUAUCAAUAGAUACUAUUGCUUCGAGUAACUCCCAAAAAUCUGGAGAAUCGAUAGUCAAGUCAUCUACAUCAACGAUUACCACUCCCAAACCACCUCCUUCAUCUCCACCUUCCCGAUCUAUCUCUCCCUUUCCUCGCUCACCGAGUCGUAGUCAACACGACCAUCUCUCGCCUUACUUUACCGGUCAAAGUGAGAAACAGAGUCAGAGAGAGGUGCCACCUCAUUUGCAGAAGGUUAAACCUAAAUUGGCGGAAAGUUUACACGAGCUCAUAGGAAGUUUGAAAUUGGAUGAUAUCCCUCUUGAGCCGCCUUCUGAGGUGUGGAAAGAUGGAGAUCUCUAUCCUACACCUGCUACCACUCCUAUAAUAACGGCAGGAGAUGUGGGACUAUCUCGUCAAGAAAAAGUGAGAACAGAUUUGGGAUCGGGGAUCGAAGUUAAAUAUGGGGAUAAUGAGGAAUUGGUAUCAGCCAUGAUGAUGCUUAUGAUCCAAGAAUUGAAUGACAAACGAUCCAAUUGUAUGGACAAAGUGGCAAUAGCAUACGAACCACCCCUAAACCUAUCUGAACGAGCGGUCCUAUGUCUAGUGAUCAAGAUGGGAGGUAGGCUUAUAUCAUUGUGCGAUAAAGAGAAGAUGAAAGAAUUCUAUAGAGGGAUAGUGGGCUUGGAGGACGAGAGUGCAUAUAUACUAUGGAAAGACACGAACAACUUUGCGAUGAUGGUAGAUGUGGCAGAAGCGAACAGAGAUACCUUACUUAUACCGAUCAGCUUAGUUGGGGUCGUGCAGAUGAUGGUCGGGAAUAGGAAGAGGGAGAUGGAGAGAAGGAUGGUGGAUCUGAUUACUUUCUGA